GUCUAGUCCGCGGCGGCCGCUGAGUGCAGCGGGUUGGUUGGCUGCAGCGGCCGGAGGCCGACCAGGUGGAGAGAGGCGCCGCCAGUGCACAACCGCCCGCCAUGAAGUCCCCCGCAGCCUGUGCCGGAGACGCCCUGGCCACGGCGGCCCUGUGCCCGGUGGUGAACUACCUGCGCUGGGACCUGAGCGCCCAGCAGAUAGCGGAGCUCACGACGGAGCUCAUCGAGCAGACGAAGCGCGUGUACGACCGGGUGGGCUCCCUAGCCUUCGAGGACGUGUCCUACGAGAGCACGCUCAAGGCACUGGCGGACGUGGAGGUGUCCUACACGGUCCAGAGGAACGUCCUCGACUUCCCCCAGCACGUUUCCCCGUCCAAGGACAUCCGGACGGCCAGCACGGAGGCAGACAAGAAGCUGUCCGAGUUUGACGUGGAGAUGAGCAUGCGGCAGGACGUGUACCAGAGGGUCGUCUGGCUGCAGGAAAAGGUUCAGAAGGAGUCGCUGAGGCCAGAGGCGUUGCGGUAUCUGGAGCGACUGAUCAAGCUGGGCCGGAGGAACGGGCUGCACCUGCCCGAGGAGACGCAGGAAAAAAUCAAAAGCAUCAAGAAGAAGCUGAGCCUUCUGUGCAUCGACUUCAAUAAGAACCUGAACGAGGACACGACCUUCCUGCCCUUCACACGGGGCGAGCUGGGAGGGCUCCCCGAGGACUUUCUGAACUCGCUGGAAAAGACGGAGGAUGACAAGUUGAAAGUCACCCUCAAGUACCCGCAUUACUUCCCACUCCUGAAGAAAUGCCACGUGCCCGAGACCAGGAGGAAGGUGGAGGAGGCCUUCAACUGUCGCUGCAGGGAGGAGAACUGUGCCAUCCUCAGAGAGCUGGUGGCCCUCCGGGCCCAGAAAUCCAGCCUGCUGGGAUUCAGCACGCACGCCGACUACGUCCUGGAGAUGAACAUGGCUAAGACCAGCCAGGUGGUGGCGACUUUCCUAGACGAGCUGGCCCAGAAGCUGAAGCCCCUGGGGGAGCAGGAGCGGGCGGUGAUCCUGGAGCUGAAGAAGGCCGAGUGCGAGCAGCGGGGCCUGGAGUUCGACGGGCGGAUCAACGCCUGGGACAUGCGCUACUACAUGAACCAGGUGGAGGAGACGCGUUACAGCGUGGACCAGAACCUGCUGAAGGAGUACUUCCCCAUGCAGGUGGUCACCCAGGGGCUGCUCGGCAUCUACCAGGAGCUGCUGGGGCUGGUCUUCGAGCGGGAGGAGAGCGCCACCGUGUGGCACGAGGACGUGACGCUGUACUCCGUGAGGGACUCGGCCUCGGGCCAGGUCAUCGGGAAGUUCUACCUGGACCUGUACCCACGGGAAGGGAAGUACGGGCACGCAGCCUGCUUCGGCCUGCAGCCCGGCUGCCUGCGGGAGGACGGGAGCCGCCAGAUCGCCAUCGCGGCCAUGGUGGCCAACUUCACCAAGCCCACCGCGGACGCCCCCUCGCUGCUGCAGCACGACGAGGUGGAGACCUACUUCCACGAGUUCGGGCACGUGAUGCACCAGCUCUGCUCUCAGGCGGAGUUCGCCAUGUUCAGCGGCACGCACGUGGAGCGGGACUUCGUGGAGGCGCCUUCGCAGAUGCUGGAGAACUGGGUGUGGGAGAAGGAGCCGCUUCUCAGGAUGUCCCAGCACUACCGGACGGGCAGCGCCGCCCCCCAGGAGCUGCUCGAGAAGCUCAUCAGGUCCCGCCAGGCCAACACAGGCCUCUUCAACCUGCGCCAGAUCGUCCUGGCCAAGGUGGACCAGGCCCUGCACACGCAGACGGCCGCAGACCCGGCCGAGGAGUACGCCCGCCUCUGCCAGGAGAUCCUGGGGGUCCCAGCGACGCCAGGGACCAACAUGCCUGCGACCUUCGGCCACCUGGCGGGGGGCUAUGACGCACAGUACUACGGCUACCUGUGGAGCGAGGUGUACUCCAUGGACAUGUUCCACACGCGCUUCAAGCAGGAGGGUGUCCUCAACGGCAAGGUCGGCAUGGACUACAGAAGCUGCAUCCUAAGACCCGGCGGCUCCGAGGACGCCAGCGUCAUGUUGAAGCUCUUCCUGGGCCGCGAGCCCAAGCAGGACGCCUUCCUCCUGAGCAAAGGGCUGCAGGUGGAGGGCAGCGAGCCGCCAGCCUGCUGACGUGCCCGGGGGUCCUGCCGGCCCUGGACUGGGGGGUCAGCCCCACCCUGGCUCCCGCCGCCCCGGUGCCUUCGCCUCCUGCCGGGAAACAGGGCGGCCGGGUGAGGAGGGGCGGCUGGUUCUGCCUGUACAUUCUCGCGUCCAGUCUCCGCAGCCCUGCUCAGUGGCCGGCCUCGUCGUCGUCCUCGCGAUGGCUACAGGGCCCUCGCAUCCGUUCAAGGCCUCCCUUACGUUGCACUAACACAGCCCCUUCUUGGGGAGUUUUCCUGGUGAGCAGACAGCUCCUCUUUGAAGCUCAGCCAUUCAAAAAGAAGAAAGGGAAGAGGGACUCCUGGCCUGUCUGACGCCUGCUCUCCUGCACAGCAUAGCGGCAUUGGCAUCACAUUUGCGGUCCAGUUUGCUUCUGUUAAGCCCUGAACUUGGCCGUCAGCUGUCCGGCUGGGGACGCCGGGCAGUUGAAGGCUGUUCUCUGCGCACUGGAGUGUUCUGGGUUGUGACACGUCUGGGUCGCUGGGAGACGGCUGAGCUGUUGGAGUGACCGCAGCUCGGGCUUGGGGACUGGAGCCGGGGGUGCCAGGAUCGCUCACCAGGAGGAGUCUGUUCCCUGCCAACCUCCCACCCAGCACGCGUCUGGGAAGCUCCUCCCUCCCCGUGUGGCACUGGCCCAUGCGGGGCAGGCUCAGCUCCUCCAAGAAGCCUGGGCGCGGCCGGAGCCCGCAGCAGCCGCCCGCCCUCUGCCUGGGCGUGAGUCCCUGGGCAGAGCUCCUCCUGGUCCCGUGGCCAGUCUCUGGGAGUGGUUUGACGGAGCUGGUGUCUGAUUGAUGAGCACAGCUGCUGCGCCCCGCCAUGACCUUGUCCACGGGACCCUGAAGACUAAAAGUGGACACAGCCUGUCCUGCUGCG